CCUCUUUUUUUUUGCUAUCCAUUUAUAUUGUCAAAAUGAGCAACACCUUCCUGUUCACAUCUGAGUCCGUCGGCGAGGGCCACCCCGACAAGAUCUGCGAUCAGGUCUCUGAUGCUAUCCUCGAUGCCUGCCUUGCCCAGGACCCUAUGUCCAAGGUUGCUUGCGAGACUGCCGCCAAGACCGGUAUGAUCAUGGUUUUCGGUGAGAUCACCACCAAGGCCAACCUCGACUACCAGAAGAUCAUCCGUAACGCCAUCAAGCAGAUUGGUUACGAUGACUCUGCCAAGGGUUUCGAUUACAAGACCUGCAAUGUCUUGGUUGCCAUUGAGCAGCAGUCUCCCGAUAUUUCCCAGGGUUUGGUCCAAAAGUCAUUCAACAUUGAGGAUAUUGGUGCUGGUGACCAGGGUAUCAUGUUCGGUUAUGCCUCUGAUGAAACCCCUGAGAUGAUGCCCCUCACCAUCGUCUUGGCCCACAAGCUCAACCGCCGUAUGGCCGACCUCCGUCGCGACGGUACCUUGGCUUGGUUGCGUCCUGACUCCAAGACCCAGGUCACCAUCGAGUACAAGAACGAGAACGGUGCCAUGAUUCCCCUCCGUGUCGACACCGUCGUUAUCUCUGUCCAGCACGCUGCCGAGAUCGAGACCGACUACUUGCGCAAGGCCCUUAUGGAGCACGUCGUCAAGCCCAUCAUCCCCGCCCACCUCUUGAAGGAUACCGUCUACCACUUGCAGCCCUCUGGCAAGUUCAUCAUCGGUGGUCCCCAGGGUGAUGCCGGUUUGACUGGUCGUAAGAUUAUUGUUGAUACCUAUGGUGGUUGGGGUGCCCACGGUGGUGGAGCUUUCUCUGGUAAGGAUUGGUCCAAGGUCGAUCGUUCCGCUGCCUACACCGCUCGCUGGAUCGCCAAGUCCUUGAUUGCUGCCAAGCUCUGCCGCAGAGCUCUUGUCCAGCUCUCCUACGCCAUCGGUGUCGCCGAGCCCCUCUCCAUCUUCGUCGAGUCCUACGGUACCUCCCAGAAGACCCCCGAGGAGUUGGUUGCCAUCAUCCGCAACAACUUUGACCUCCGUCCCGGUGUCAUUGUCAAGGAUCUCGAUCUCUUCAAGCCCAUCUACCAGCAGACUGCCGCCUACGGUCACUUUGGCCGUGAUGAGUUCACCUGGGAGCACCCCAAGACUCUUAAGUUCUAAGUAACUCUAUUUCUUUCUUUGCCUUCAUUCCACAUAAAAAAAUAAUAAUAAUAUUAUAUUAUAUACAUAUUUAAGAAAACUUGGUACACAUUCCCCUCCCCCUAUCCUCCCACCUCUUUCUUUUUUGUUUUCAACAAACUCUUUUCUCAUUUAGUUUCACCCAUCAUAUCAUCACGCAAAUCCCCCCUCACAACAUCUUCUUCUUAUUUUAUUAUAAUAUUUUAUACACAGAUUGUUAAAGAUUGAAAAAAAAAGAAAAGGAUAAAAAAAAAAGAAGAAGAAGUAUUUAGGAUCAAGAAAGAAGAAGUGUACAGCAUCUUGCUUAGUAACUCUAUCUUUGUCUCUAAUAUAUUUCUUUCUUUCUUUUUUUUUUAUCUCUUUUUUUUUGUUUUAUUAUUUGUUUGAUUCUAUUUUCUUUUUUUUUUACAUAUUUUCUUUUUUCUCUUUAUUAAUGGCGUUCAACAUCGUCAGCCGACAGUCAUCCCGGUUGCAGGAUGGGUUAUAAUAUACACUUCUUUACCGAAUUGUUC